GCAGGGCAGUGAUGGAAAGGCUGAGAGGAGAGAACCAGGAAAGCUUCCAACAGUACAGACUCAAGUCGAGUUUCAACGUCUCCUGCACCUGUUGCCAUGACUUCAGCACAUCUACCUGCACUGAGUGUGAUACUCUGUGCGCUGGCUCUUAUAAUCUACAACACUCCGGCAGAUGCUCAAGCAGAUUCGGCUUUGGACUGUUGCCUGAAGGUUGGCUCUCAAGUCAUCCCGAAACAAAUCGUCCUCAGUUACAGGAAUCAGAUCAGAGGUAUCGGCUGCACCCGUGAUGCUGUUGUUUUUACAACCAGAAGAGAUAAGAAACUUUGUGCCCCCGCUGCCAGCGAAGCUAAAUGGGUUGAAGAGCUCACCAGAUUCAUCGACAACAGGCUAAAGAAAUGCAAAGGAAUCAAAUUUCAGGGGAAACGCUGUGAAGGCCUGAAGACUAAAACUGUUUGAGGAAACACAUAUUUGCACACAUGCAUACAAAUGUGGCAGCUGGCAAUGGCCUCUUUAUCAUAGUUUUGCGUUCUAAACUUUAUUUUUAUAUCUUUAUCGUUAAGCAUUUUCAAUGUUUAUGUAACUUCUUUACUAACUGACUUACUUUUGCAGCUUGGCAUGACAAUUGUUUGGCAAAUUUCUUAAAAUGUUCAUCAUCUGUAGACAUUUUGGUAAAAAGGGUGUUCUAAAUGUCUGAAUGUAAAUUAAAAAAAAAAAAAGCUACACUGUAUUUUCAGUUGUGUGAUAUUUACAGAAACAAGUUUUAUUUUUACUUUUAUUGAAAUCAUGUUGUUAGCAUUUUUUUCAAUAAAAAGGUUUUU